AUGAAAAACACAAGUUGGAUCAGAAAGAACUGGCUUCUUAUAGCUGGGGUUUCUUUCAUAGGUGUCCAUCUCUGAACGUAUUUUAUACAGAGGGCUGCAAAACAGUCUGUAAAAUCUCAGUCUGGAGUCAACCAAAGGAGUUUGAAUAAUGAAGUAAAAUAAAUAUUUGGAAUUACUAAUA